AUGACACCUCCCAAACUACAAUUCUCACUCCGAUCCCAUGGAGCAUCAAUCACAACCAUCCUCCCACUCCCCCAAUCCCAACAACUCAUAACUGCCGACACAACAGGACUACUCAUUCUCCGGAACCUAAUCACAAGAAGACCAAUACGACGUUGGCAGGGCCACGAACUGGACGUUAUCACACUUAUACAACUCGAUUCUAGUCAUGUAUUGUCACAUUCUCGAGAUUCGGAGAUUAAGAUCUGGAAUCUAGAUAAAAUCGAAAAAGACCGGGAUGGAUUGGAAUAUUGUAUGCCUGUCAAUGCUGUGAAUUUUUCCAAUAUCAUUUGGAUACCCGAAUCAUCAAAUGGAGAGAAUGGAUAUUUGAUGACCCCGGCCAGUGUUGAUUCGAACGGUUUUGAUGUCUAUAAAUUAUCUAAAUCGGAUGGGAUAUGGAAGAUGACAACUCGGGUGAUUACCAAUUAUAGCGGAUAUAACCUAGUCCACAAACAACCACAAGUAGAUGGCGAGAUUGGAUCCCGUGGGGAUUUCGGAAUCAUAAUGAAGAUGACCCAUGAUAUUUCCAAUAAUGAUGUGAUAUAUCUAGGAUAUGAAUCGGGGGAUAUAGUCGGUAUAUCCAUCACCUUCAAUCCUCAACCAACUUCCGCUAGCACUCUCACCUCAUCAUCAUCAAAACCACCCAAUGGAACAACUGGUGGCGGAUUGAGUAAGAUGUUCAAAGAAACAAAUAGGACGAUCAUAAACCAUGACCCACAAAUCAAACUAAUGUAUCACAAUUCAACCCAUUCGCCAAACCCUAUCAUCUCGCUCACGUAUGAUUCGAAAAUGGGUCUAAUCUCGGGCUCUACGGGCAAGAAAAUCAUCAUCCAUUCAACGGAAGAAACUAUUAAGCUCAAUCAAAGUGGGAUCCAAUCCAUCCAAACCCAUGACACGAGUAAUAUGAUUGUGGUCGGAUAUUGGAACGGGAUGAUUGAGGGAUAUGACAGCCAAACUAAAGCCUGUGAAUGGGAUCUAAAGCGAAGUUUACCCCGGAUCAAAACUGUGAUGACGAAUCAAGGUGGGGUGGAUGAGAGUGAGGAGAACGUGAAGGGAGAAAUGAAGUUAUCAUAUAUGGUCAUAUCCUCGAUGAAAGGAGAUGAUGAAGAAAAUGGGGAGAGGGGGAAGAAGAAGAGUUAUAAGGAAUUGAUUAGACGGAAGAAGAAUCAGAAUUUAGAUUCAAAUCUCUUGUUUACGGGAUAUGAAGACGGGACUAUAAAUGUAUUCAAAAUCUAG